AUGGCCUUGGCGUCAUUUCUCAGGCCCACGGACAGCCCGCGGGCAACCUCAUUUGCUAUUGGGAAUGCAACCACAUGUUCCAUAUCAGGUUUCAUGACAACCGCGGCUCACUCGGGGACAUUCUAUACGUGCAUGCUGAGCUAUUACUUCUUGUUCACCGCGAGAUUUGGAUUGAAGAACUCCGUCGUUGCCCGGAGAAUUGAGCCAGUGAUGCACUGCAUCUCACUUGGUUAUCCCAUCAUCUCCGCAAUAGUCGGUGCCUAUUAUGAAGCGUAUGCUGAUACUGCUACUUAUUUUGGAUGCUUUGUAAAUUGUCCACCAGGGACAAACAAGGAAGACUGCAUUGCGACAACUUUGGGAUGGAUUUUCUACGGAUGGCCAUUCCUCUUUGUGUUGGCUUCUUUGAUCGUGAACAACCUAUUGAUUUGGCGACUAGUACAUGGGCACUCAGUGACAUUGCGGAAAAUGCACACUUCUCGUCAAGUUGGUGGAUCAAGCGAUGAAUCUUCGGCCGUUCAUAGUUUGGACGAUGACAUUUCUUCUCUUGGACUCACCAAGAGGGUGGACGCGACUGUUCACGGCUCCGACAUCACUUCAUCAUCGUAUAAAGCCAACGUGGUAUACCACAGAAAAGUUACACAUGUUGCGACAGCCAGCCAUUUGAGAAGACUGCAACUUGUCAAGUCUCAAGCGCUUUUGUUCGUGGCAAGCUACGCUUUCGUCUCCAUGUGGGGCGGGAUCAUGGCCAUUGCCGAACAGUACGCCCAUACAGAAGAUGAAGAAUUAUCCCUUUUGGUAAAAAUGUAUCCCAUCAUGGUACUGCACGCUCUUCUAGCCCCAAUGCAAGGUCUUUUCAACAUGCUAGUGUACGUCCGCCCCAAAUACUUGACAACGCGUCACGAAUUUGGAGACCAGUCUCGCUGGUGGGCGAUGAAGCGUGCUAUGCUGGGGGAGAAGCGAGUUCGAGCAUCAGGAAAACCAAAUGCACCAACUGCAUUGCCACAAGCGAUGAAACAAGUACCCGAUGCGGAAUCACCAAAGGAUGGCGUGAUUGACAAUCGCAUUGAUUCGGUGGAUGUCCAAACUCAAUCAUUGCCGUUGAAGCGUGGUGGUGUAUCGAGUUUGACUGCUAAUAGCGGUUCGGAGUUUCACGAUGAGCAGUCGUACGAAGAAAAUCUGAAUGACGAAGAACAAGAUCGAUGGGGAGGCAAACAUCACGAUACAUGGACACCAAUAAAGCAAGCGCCUCGACACUGCUCCAGCUUAUUAGAAGAGAGGGAUUCAAGCCUUGGAAUGAUCAGUGAGCUGACCGAGACGCAGUUUGAGCCAAUCAUUGACUAUUCGGUAGAAACGCGAUUUGAACAGGACCAUAGAUUUGAAACACAACAAGGGGAUUCAACUCCAGCUCCUCCACGACCUGCCGCUGUUCUCAGCCCAUCCACGACCGAUAGUAGGUGGACGAACGAUUCAGCAAAGGAACGGCAAUUGAUCUCAAGUCUCGAUUGGAUGAUGCCCCAAAGAUUAUCAAGCACUACAGAAAUGCAUUGCACCGAAGACCCAAUGGGUGGACCAUCGACUGAUGUACCACUUCAAACUCCCAUGCGAAUCGAAAGUCUAGAACUUAUUUCAGAAAUUGAAGACGAAGGGACAGAUGAUGUUUCACAACCACUACCGCCAUCCGCUCUAGCGGGCCCUCUUGGUGUUCAAGCAUCCUCCACAGCAGAUAGGACGCUGAGGCCUCCAGUGAGACGAACUAGUCCCACUCUAUCCGUGCGGCCAAAACGGUUGUAA